CGCAGUGGAUCAACCGCAACCUUAAGAUGACGAAUUUCGCAGUUCUCGUCAGCCUCUGCGUUGCCGGCGUUCUGGCCAGUAAAGACGGAGAUAACUACGGGAGUUAUGGUGGCGGUGGAUAUGGAGGAAAGAAAGUCGGAGGGUAUGGCGGUGGAUUCGGUGGUUACGGAGGUGGAGGAUACGGAGGUGUAGGCAGUUACGGCGGUGGAUUCGGCGGUUUUGGCGGUGGAUACGGAGGAAAGAAAUACGGAGGUUAUGGCGGUGGAUUCGGUGGUUACGGAGGUGGAGGAUACGGAGGUUUUGGCGGUUCCGGCGGCGGAUUCGGCGGAAUUGGCGGUGGAUACGGAAGCAAGAAAUAUGGCGGAUAUGGCGGUGGAUUCGGUGGUUACGGGGGUGGAGGAUACGGAGGUUUUGGCGGUUCCGGCGGUGGAUUCGGCGGUUUUGGCGGUGGAUACGGAGGCAAGAAAUACGGAGGAUAUGGCGGUGGAUUCGGUGGUUACGGAGGUGGAGGAUACGGAGGUUUUGGCGGUUCCGGCGGUGGAUUCGGCGGUUUUGGCGGUGGAUACGGAGGCAAGAAAUAUUAAAUGGACAGAAAACGACGGACUGACCAGAUAUUCCCCACAGUGCUUGAUCACUGAUUUUAUGAGCCUUGUUUCGUGUUAUUGUUGCAUUAGAAUGAAUGUAAUAUAAUCUCUAUUGCAUUGAA